AUGGCUCCCGGCGGCGGUGGAAACAUUAAGGUGGUGGUGAGAGUGCGACCGUUCAACAGCAGAGAAAUCGACAGAGGGGCAAAAUGUAUUGUGCAGAUGAAAGGGAACCAGACCGUCCUCGUACCCCCGCCUGGCGCCGACGAGAAAUCACGAAAAGCUGGUGGAAAGGGCGCGGCCGAGGGCCCGAAGGCUUUUGCCUUCGAUAGGUCUUACUGGUCUUUCGACAAGAAUGCUCCCAACUAUGCGGGUCAGGACAACCUUUUCGCGGAUCUGGGUGUCCCGCUAUUGGAUAAUGCCUUCCAGGGCUACAACAACUGUAUCUUCGCAUACGGCCAGACAGGUUCCGGAAAGUCAUACUCGAUGAUGGGAUACGGCAAGGAAUACGGUGUGAUUCCGAGGAUUUGCCAGGAAAUGUUCCAACGAAUAGCGAAGAUACAGGAAGACAAGAACCUCAACUGUACGGUGGAGGUGUCCUAUCUCGAAAUCUACAAUGAACGAGUUCGCGAUCUGCUCAACCCCUCGAAUAAGGGUAAUCUCAAAGUCCGUGAGCAUCCGUCGACCGGUCCUUACGUCGAAGAUCUUGCGAAACUUGCGGUGCGCUCCUUCAGCGAGAUUGACAACUUGAUGGACGAGGGUAACAAGGCCAGAACCGUGGCUGCCACGAACAUGAACGAAACCUCUAGUCGAUCGCACGCCGUCUUCACGUUGACGCUGACACAGAAACGCCAUGACGCUGAGACUUCGAUGGACACAGAGAAGGUAUCGAGAAUCAGUUUGGUCGAUCUUGCUGGUUCAGAAAGAGCAAAUUCCACUGGAGCCACGGGUGCUCGGUUGAAAGAAGGAGCGGAGAUUAAUCGUUCGCUGUCCACGCUUGGUCGUGUCAUUGCAGCCUUGGCGGAUGUGGCAUCAGGCAAGAAGAAGAACGCUUCGAUGGUCCCAUAUCGUGAUUCUAUCUUGACAUGGCUGUUGAAGGAUUCCCUUGGAGGUAAUUCAAUGACCGCAAUGAUUGCAGCUAUAUCUCCCGCCGAUAUCAACUUCGACGAAACUCUCAGUACCCUGCGCUACGCCGACUCCGCAAAACGAAUCAAGAAUCAUGCGGUGGUCAACGAAGAUCCGAAUGCCAGAAUGAUCCGAGAGCUGAAGGAGGAGUUGGCUCAACUUAGAGCCAAGCUGGGAGGCGGCACAACGGCUGGGGCAGGAGGGGCUGCUAUGCCUGCUGAAGAAUCUUAUCCCCCAGACACUCCUCUGGAGAAGCAGAUGGUUUCGAUUCAGAAAGCCGAUGGGACUGUCACCAAAGUCAGUAAGGCAGAGAUCGUGGAGCAACUCAAUCAAAGCGAGAAGCUUUACAAAGAUCUGAAUCAGACCUGGGAGGAGAAACUCGAGAAAACCGAGCAGAUCCACCGAGAGCGAGAGGCCGCACUUGAAGAGCUGGGUAUCAGUAUCGAGAAGGGCUUCGUUGGUUUGAGUACCCCGAAGAAAAUGCCGCAUCUGGUUAACCUGAGCGAUGAUCCGCUUCUCGCCGAAUGCCUCGUCUACAAUAUCAAGCCGGGAACCACUACGGUUGGAAAUAUGGAGCAGGGAAGUCAUGUGGAAAUCAGGUUGAAUGGUUCCAAAAUCCUUCCCAACCACUGCACGUUUGAGAACAUGGACAAUGUCGUGACUAUCGUACCCAGCGAGGGUGCUGUGGUUAUGGUCAACGGGUUGCGAAUCGUCGAACCGAAGCGCCUAAAAAGUGGUUUCCGCAUCAUCCUCGGAGACUUCCAUAUCUUCCGUUUCAACCAUCCGCAAGAAGCUCGUGCUGAGCGAGUCGAGCAGAGCUUGCUGCGCCAUUCCGUCACUACCAGUCAACUUGGCUCACCAGCCCCGGUCAGAACCCAUGAUAGAACGAUGAGCAAAACCGGCUCAGAGCUAGACGGCGAUUCUAGCCGGGCAGAUUCCCCAACUUCCGCCCAGCGCGCUCGUGAAUCCGAUUGGUUUUAUGCUCGAAGGGAGGCUGUCAGCGCAGUUUUGGGCCCUGACCACAUUUCUCACAUGCCCGAUGAUGAGCUGGAUGCUUUAUUUGAGGAUGUGCAAAAGGUCCGAGCAACGCGCCGAGGACUCGUUGAGAAUGAAGAAGAUUCGGAUUCACUGAGCUCAUAUCCAGUCCGAGAUAAGUACAUGUCUAAUGGGACUAUCGACAAUUUCUCGCUCGAUACCGCCAUCACUAUGCCUGGGACGCCUGGUCAACAGGACUACGGCGAAGGGCAAGACGGAAACGAUUUUACAUUACAAGCUGCUCGCCAGGAAAUGCAACGCCAGCUCGAUAUGCAGAAGGAGGAAUUCAAAGAGAAGCUUAGAGAUGACGAAGCCUCUGAGCAGGGUGGGGAGGACUUGCGUUCAGAAAAGGCCCGAAUGGAGGAGGCACUGCGAACCGCUAAAGAGGAAUAUGAAGAGCAACUGAGAAAACAGAAAGAGGCCUUCGAGAAUCAUAUGAAGGAGAUGGGUCAGCCGGUUCCGAGGAUAUACGAGAAUGGCUUCGCCAAGCUAGAUGAAAGGGAGAUCGGUAUCGCAAACUCAGUCUUCCAACACUGGUCGCAGCAGAAUUAUGUCCGCAUGGCCGAGAAGAUACUGCAGCAUGCGUCGCUAGUGAAAGAAGCGCAGGUGAUGAGCCAAAUAAUGGACAAGAAUGUUAGCUUUCAGUUCGCGAUCAUCGACCAUGGGAACAAUAUGGCAUCAUCUUAUGAUCUCGUCCUGAAUGGUAUCUCCGGAGAUGAAGAUAUUGUUCUUGAGGAGGCGAAGAAACCGUGUAUUGCAGUCCGUGUGAUUGACUUUAAACAGUGUGUCAUCCACCUCUGGUCCAUCGAGAAGCUUCAACGUCGCCUCCAGGCAAUGCGCCAAUUGCACCAAUACAUUGACCGACCGGACUACAUUCAGCACUUUCGCCUCGAGAACCCUUUCUCCGAACCCUGUUCGCCUCAAUACUCGCUUGUUGGUGAUGCUGAUAUCCCUCUGACCGCUGUCUUCGAGACUAGAGUCCAGGACUUCUCUGUUGAGGUUGUAUCACCUUACACACAGAAUGUGAUCGGUAUUGUCAGAUUGUCAUUGGAGCCCUCCUCCGCACAAGCGCCCUCAUCCACACUGAAAUUCAACGUUGUCAUGCGUGAUAUGAUUGGUUUCGCCGAAUGGGAGGGGACCGAGGUCCAUGCCCAGCUCUUUGUCCCAGGCAUCUCCGAGGAAGGAGGAGCUACCACCACACAAAUGAUCAGCGGUUUCGAUGAAAGCCCCAUCCGCUUUGAGAGUGUACACAGCAUGAGUCUACCUUUAUCGAGUCCGCGGACAGCGGCCCUCAAGAUCUGUGUGUAUGCACGUGUGACCCAUAUGCAUCUCGACAAACUUCUCAGCUGGGACGAAAUGCGCGAUUCGGCCGAGCUACCCCCUCAAAGACGCAAAACCCCGCGCAUAGCAGAAUCCGAAUUCUUCUCUGAGGAGCGACAUGACGUGUUUGCCAGGAUGCAGGUUCUUGAGCUGGCAGAAUCCGGUGAAUAUCUGCCCGUCGAAGUAGUGCAAAGCAAUAGCCUUGACGCUGGCACAUAUCAGCUCCAUCAAGGAUUGCAACGUCGAAUCUUCGUGAAUUUGACCUACAGUUCUACCGAGAGUCUGCCUUGGGAUGACCUGACCAAUAUGCGGGUUGGGUCUGUGAGAUUACUCGAUCCGUGGGGCAAGAUUCCCGACCAGGAUCUUCAGACACCAGAUGUGCAUUUGAAGUUUGUUCACGAGCCUAUGACGAAAGACAAUGCGGACGGAACAUCUCAUGUUACUCUGAUCGCCCAAUGGGAUUCGAGUUUGCAUGGUUCUCUGCUGCUUGACCGGGUGACUGCGGAGAAGUAUCGCGUGCAGGUCACGGUUCGCUGGGACCUUGUAUCAUCCCGUCUGCAAGAUCCGGUUCCAUUUGAAGUGGACCUGACUCUACAGAUUCAGGGACGGACAUACGUUCGCCCACAAUCGAUGUUCAAGCAGCUCUUCAACUCGACUCGUAUUGUACACUCCACCGUUCGGAUGUUCUCUUUGGCCGUCCGUCCGGUGUCUGCUAAGCGCGCUGCCGAUCUUUGGCGCAUGAACACGCAGAACGAUUAUGUGAAGGGAGAGGAGCUACUGACCAGGUGGUCACCUCGGAAGGUUUCGCUCGUGCGGGAUUACAUCGCAGCCCGCAAAAGACGGCGGCGUCUCGCCGAACUGAACGCCGCCAAAGGCGCGCUCAGUGCUAAUAGCCUCGUCCCUUCGCCGGCCCGAAGCGGGCGUUCCACCCCUCUCCGCAGCCAGGAGCUGAAUGAGCGCCGGACAAAGAUUUUGCGCAAAUACCUUGAUCUCUGGGCGACGAAGACGGAUCCGAUCGAUGCCAUUCUUGUCCGGAGCAACACGGAGCCCCCGGCCAAUGGAGCGGCCUUUGCGACGCGUGCGAAGCAGGCUUCACCUUCGUCGGAUGACGGCAGUUCUGUUUCUGACCAGGAGCUUUUGAGACCACGAUUCGUCGCAACGAUACAGACAUUGCCGAAGAACCAAACUUCAUUGAAGUCCGGCUACUUGUUGACGCCUGACGACACCAACAGCCACUGGGUGCGCCGGUUCGUUGAGCUCCGGCGACCCUAUCUCCAUAUAUACUCUGUCCCGGAAGGCGAUGAGAUCAACGCUAUCAACCUGCGUAGCUCGCGGGUCGAUCAUGAGCCGGAUUUCGCCCGAUUACUUGCCGGAGCCGACAACGGAAUGUCUACCAAAGGCCGUCCACAUGUAUUUGCCAUUUAUGGAACGCAAAACACUUUCCUUUUUGCUGCUCGCACAGAGGCACAGAAGGUUGAAUGGAUCUUGAAGAUCGACGAGAGUUACUUCAGUAACAGUGCUUCAAGGGCUUCUCUCAAUGGAAAUUGA